AUGUGAUUUUUGCCAGAGGUGUUUUCAUUCUCAUAAAAAAAAUCCUUAAAAAUAAGUCCUCUGCAGCUUUUAUGUUGGAAAGCAGCACCGGAAGUCUUAUUUCCUCACUGAGUCCUACCUGACUAUGCUCCACCGCACCCACUGGAAGCUGGAGGCAGCCUAGGAAGCUGGAGCAUCCCUGUUUUGUCACCUACCGACCCAGCGUCAGUGAACACAAAGCAGCAGAGCCACAGCCUCAUGGUGACCGUGUGAGCAGACAUGGGAUGCAGGAGGGGAGGGAUCGCUCAUCCAUCGCUGAGUUAGCUGACUGGGGCUGUUUCUAAUCUAACACUACAUCCAACACCAUGGCUAAACAGUACGAUGUGCUCUUCCGACUCCUGCUCCUCGGAGAUUCUGGGGUUGGGAAAACAUGUUUGUUAUGCAGAUUCACGGACAACGAAUUUCACCCGUCUCACAUCUCCACCAUCGGAGUUGACUUCAAAAUGAAGACACUGCUAAUAGAUGGUAUCAAAGUACGGAUACAGAUAUGGGACACGGCAGGCCAGGAAAGAUACCAGACCAUCACCAAGCAGUACUACAGACGAGCACAGGGAAUCUUCCUGGUGUAUGAUAUCACGAGUGAGCGAUCCUUCCAGCACAUCAUGAAGUGGGCCAGUGAUGUGGACGAGUACGCUCCGGAGAAGGUCCGGAAGAUCCUCGUGGGGAACAAAGCAGAUGAGGUGGACAAGAGACAGGUGGCCACAGAGCAAGGCAUCAAGCUGGCCAAGGCUUAUGGAAUGGACUUCUUCGAGACAAGUGCCUUCACCAACCAAAACAUAACAGAGACUUUUACACGACUGGCUGAACAGGUGCUGGCAGCCAAUAGAAAGGACCUGGAUCUUCUCCGGACGUCCAUUAAUGACGAGAUUAAUCUUGCUGCUCUGGAGGAAGAGGAAGGACUCUGUGACAGCACGGCUGGCGACCAAGGCAAAGGCUGCUGGUGUUAAAGAAACAAUUUAAAUUAGUCUGUUAUCACCAAACACUCUGCACACACUGGGCAAAAUGUGUCUCCUUUUGUUGAAAUAAAUGGGAACAUCAACCUGCAAUUUUUAAAGCAGCUAUGUUCCUCUGUUUCACAUUAGCAUUGCCAGAAAUGCUAACGAGCCAUUUGAGAGCAGUUUCAAGGACAAAGGUGGAAACAUUUUGCCACGCGGUGCCAAGUGUGUCGUGGAUUAGCCGACUGAAGGUCCAAAUGUCAAGGUUUCCCUCAGUGGGCCUGAAUGUUCAUUGUCUAAAGCACUAAUUCCUGCUCAGUUCAGUGUGUCUUUGGUGUAAACAAAUGCAAACCCUGUCCACUACUAAUUCUGCAAUUGACAAACAGUUGAAAAGACUAAACACAAAACUUCCAGGAGAGCUGGAAAUGAAGAUUGCAUCAUCUUUUCUUGCAGACUUUGUACAGUUGUCUGAUGUAGAGGACGGGGAAUGACUUCAUCACUGACUUGAAACUUUUAACAAUGUUGUGUUUCACGUUAUUUUCCAAGCACUGUCUCUGAUAUUGAUCAUAGGGCUGGCAAAUCAAUGACUGAUUACAUUUGGCCUUCAUCCACCCCUUUGUGUUUUCCUUGUAUGUGGGUAUUAGCUCUCCUGCACCCAAAACCUUUCUACCUUUGAAUGCAUAAGAUGUAGUGUGAGGAUUUGACCACAAGAGGGUGCUACAUGCAUUGAGAAAACAGCAUACACACUGGAGAGGUGUUCAGUGUUAAGUUAUGCUAGUUUACUCUCGUAUGUGUUUGUUUUAAGUUGUAAUUGCACUUGAAAUCAUGGGUGGAUUAUGAGACAAUGGGCCCCCGGGCACAGAUAUGCAAAAGGCCCCAUCACCUCUUCUAUGUAGGAGUAAGACACACAGACUUUGUGGUUUGGUAUUGCCUCUUCUUUUUUGUUGUUGUUGUUUUACUGCGC